UCGUGUGCGGGCUCGGCUUCCGCCGCGGCGGAUGGCGAGGGACUUGAUCGGGCCGGCGUUGCCGCCCGGCUUCCCCACCCGCGGGACGUCGGAAGACGAGGACAGGGACCCGAGCCCGGUUGCAGGACCUGCUUUGCCCCCUGAUUAUAAAAGCAGCAGUUCUGGUUCCUCAGACAGCGACGAAGACAGCAGUUCUUUGGAUGAAGAAAGAACUCAAGAGUCUGAAGAAGAUGACACUGGUCCACCUGCCAGGAAACAGAGGAGAAAUCAGGAUCAUGGGGAGGAUGACGAUGAUGACGGGUUUUUUGGACCAGCCCUUCCUCCUGGAUUUAAAAAGCAGGAUGAUUCUCCUCCGAGGCCAAUAAUUGGUCCUGCAUUACCGCCUGGUUUUAUUAAAUCUACACAGAAAAGUGACCGAGGCAGAGAUGAUCCAGGACAAGCUUCAUAUUUCAACUCUGAGGAAACGGAUAGUAGUGAAGACGAUGAGGACAUUGUUGGACCAAUGCCAGCGAAAGGACCAGUUAUCGACAGCGUCGCAACAGAGUUCGAAAAGAGGGCCCAGCGAAUGAAAGAAAAACUGACUAAAGGAGAUGAUUCGCCCAAAGCAAUGACGAGGGAGUCCUGGAUGACGGAGCUUCCUCCGGAGCUGAAAGCAUUUGGUCUGGGACCAAGAACAUUUAAGAGAAGAGCUGAUGACAGAUCCGGAGAUCGAUCAGUCUGGACAGACACGCCAGCCGACAGAGAAAGGAAAGCUAAAGAAACUCAAGAAGCAAAGAAGCCAUUCAGCAAGAAGGAUGAAGAACGUGUAUUGUCAGGAAGAGAUAAGAGGUUGGCUGAGCAGGUAUCCUCCUAUAAUGACUCCAAAAGAUCAGAAUCUCUCAUGGACAUGCAUCAUAAGAAAUUAAAGAGUAAGACUGCGGAAGAUAGAAAUAAGCCCCAAGAAAGAAUACCGUUUGACCGGGAUAAGGAUCUCAAGGUGAAUCGCUUUGAUGACGCUCAGAAAAAAGCUCUAAUAAAGAAAUCAAGAGAACUGAACACGAGAUUUUCACAUGGCAAAGACAAGAUGUUUUUAUAAAUGAUGAAAAUUGAAACCGAGGGUCCAGGGUGAUCCAAACUGUUUUCAGUCGACGACUAACCUCAAGGUUGGCAGUUUGGUGCCACGAAAGAAAUACCUGGCAAAGCCUUGUGGAGCCGCUGUUCUGCGAGUCUGACUUCAACUUGAUUCGUCUCCUUUGGGAGACAGAACCGCAAUUUUAGAAAAGACCACAAGGCGGAGCAAGAACUCCACGUGUCGCUCUCUUCCCAGAACCCCCAUCUCAUUCAUUUCACCUGGGCAAGCACAGAGUGACGGCAGCCGCCCCUGUGAGCCUCGGUGGGCCAAGGCAGAUACUAGGAAAUGAAGACUGCCCGGGGCGGGGUGGGGUGGGGUGGGGGGAAAAUCGGUGCAGGGAGGCUACCGAAGAUACACCCCCCCCAUCUCUGGACACCAUCCUAUCCCUACCUUCACCCACUCCCGCCCGCACCCCCACCCGACUCAGGAACCUUCUAUCAAACAACAGCGCAUUAUUCUCCUCCUCUGCUAAUUACGCAUCAUGUUUGGGCCUAGGGAGCAUGCAUGCAUCAUUUCUCUGCCAGUUUGUCUCCAUGAGUCCUCGCUUCAGCACUCCUUGAUCAUAAGGGUCAAAGGUUUUAUCACAAUGUCCCUCCUUGUCCUCCCAAGAGGUCACUGAAACUUUCAUGCUGGACCUUU